UCUUUUUUUUUACUUUUUGACUAGUAAGCAAGAUGGAUCAUGGAUGCUUAUUAGUUAUUAGUACGGAAUUUGCUUAUUAAAUAAUUUGGGAAUUAGGAGUCCAAAAAACAUAAAGGUGAUGGCAAGUGAAGCACAUGCGUAUUCAGUAUGGGCACUUCCACCGGAAGAAGCGAGGGUGAGGGUGAAGAAACUGAUGGACAAUCUCCGGUCGGAAUUUGGUGGGCCAGAGUUUGAUCCCCACCUCACUGUUGUUCGGGCCGUAACCUUGACGCCGGAGGAUGCACUUGACAGAUUCAGAUCAGCUUGUAAUGGAGUCAAGGCCUACAGUGUUCAUGCUAGGGGAAUCUCUAUUGGAACUUGCCUUAACCUCAUAUUCGACCCUACACCUCAGGUAGUUGCAACUAGCGAACACUGCUGUGGCCAUUUCGGGUUCAAUCGCACCGCAGCUUAUAGGCCACACAUGAGCCUUCUAUAUGCCGACUUGACAAAUGAAAUGAUGAAGAAAGCUGAAGAGAGAGCUACUAUUUUGGAUGACAGCAUUGCUAACUUGUGCUUCACUGUUAAUCGUUUAGCACUUUACAUAACUGAUGAAGAUAAGACCCUCAAAUCCUGGAAAAAGGUGGCUGAAUAUGAACUUCAACCCAUAUAAUAGUCACGUGUAUAAUAGAAACUACUAAAUAAAUCAAAGGGACUGUCUCAUAUAAUCUUGUAUUAUUGCUCACAUGGUGGUUGCUUGUUAUUGUUCCCAUCGAAUCGACGAGCUUGUAAUUUACUAAAGGUUUCCUCCAAAGUUUCCUAACUUUGGCAGAGCUUAAUAAUAUGUUCCCCUCUUCCCAUCU